CCCGUCCGCAUGCUUCAUUCUCUUGGAGAUGACUGUUGACCCGUUCGCCACCCGAUUUGGCUAUACCUUGUCAAAGGCAAUAUGAAAGGAUGCCAACGGAGUCUGGAAAGCUUCUUCCCAGCAUAACCCAUCCAAAUAUCCCUUGAAUCUAUAUUUUAUAAGUUUCCUUGCACUCAGAUGGCCUUUACCUCCCAUAUGACCUUAUUUGAGCUCAUAUGGCACGAUUGUUGGGUGAAAUGCUGAUUAGUGAUCACUCCGAGCCAAGCGCUGACACGGAGCCGAAAGAAACGACGACUCAUCCCCGCUCGCCCUCGACAUCCUCUUUCUCCCGAAAUUAUUCUCCUCGCAAGUACCGACGAAAAGCAAAUCACAAAACAGACCUUGGCCAUCGCUCAGAAAUUCAAGCCAUCGAAAUGGACCCCCCGGAGCGACCCGCAAAAGGCUCGAGCUCGGCCUCGGGACGUGCCCGGCGAACCAGACCGAGACCCACCGGGUCUGACAGCCCGGAGGACAAGGACUCCAGGGAGAAGCGCCGAAUGCAAGUGCGCAUGGCGCAGCGGGCAUACCGGGCACGGAACCAGGCGCAGGCGGCCACGCUGCAGCGCCGGAUUGUGCAGCUCGAGAGUGCGCUGGAGCAGAUGGGGAGUGCGGUUGUUUCUUUCAGUGAUGCGCUUGUGCAGUCGGGCGUGCUUACUUCGUUUCCGAACCUCGCGGACCCGCUGAGGGGGAUGGUGGCGACGUGCCUUAGUCUUGCCGAGGCGAAUGAGGAGGGUGGGGAUGGGUCAUCUCUUCAUCUACCAGAAGAGGCUCAGCGUUCUUCGGGUACAGAGUAUAGCCUGUCACCGAACAGAGACGUCUUCCACGAUGCAUACCGCUCCGCCAUGCUCGCUGGGUUCAGUCCACAUACAAAAGACACACCCAUGGACGUCCCCGACUUCAUCGAACAGCUCCGCAUCGCCUGCCUCUACCACGGCUUCGUCAUGCUCAACAACCCCCGAAUCCCCCUCGAACUGCUCUGGCGACCCUUUCGUCUUCUUCUAACACUCGUACCCCGAGACACAAUCACCUCAUUCUUCCGCGCUCGCCUCGUAGCCAGGCUCAACAAGCGACCACCAGAAGCCUUUGCCGAGAUUCCAUUCUUCCAGCUCGGCGGUGCAGGCACGCACUAUCCAGAGCUUUAUCUCCCCGCGGAGCAUAGUAGAGAGUGGGAGACGUCGACGGCAUCGAGCCCGCUGUCUGCAUUUUCGCCGGAGGUGCAGGGGGAACUGGAGGGGGAGUGGUUCGAUAUGCAUGAUUUGGCUGGGUAUUUGCGCGAGAAUGAGGUGUAUAUUGUGUCACCGAUGCAGGAGGAGGUUCCGCGGACGAGGAGGACGGUCAAGGCGCUGGAUUUCACGUCGGCCCUAAUUGAGAAAUCGAUAUGUCUCGGGCAUAGCCCUGGAUUUCGGCGCAGCGAUGUCGAAAGGGCGAUUGCGUUGUCGUUGUGUGAGAAGUAGGUCGCCUUCUUUUAUAGCAUCAUGGACAAUACACAUUUAUGGUUCUCGAAUGUCAUACCUGGAUCCUCUUCUCCUAGAUACAGACGUCACGUCCGGCAACUGGAGACCAUCGGAUAUGCACUAUAGAUUGGACCAAUUUUGGCAGGAGCGAUUGUUGUAUCUACGCGGGUAACUGGUAGCUCCUUCCAUCUUCGGUCAUAUAAUUCACCAACAUACACGGAAGGAGCGAUGGACAACUGGGUUUCCGUGGUGACCAUCGUGCCUGCC